CCAAAUUCUAUGUCGAAGCAAAGCUCUUUACUUGGAGUGAAGAGUUGGGAACUAUUGUCGUCCUUACUAUUUUUUAUCGCAAAAUAACUCAACAAUGGAGCACGAAACGCCGCGGCAAGAAAAUCCCAGUGACCCGACCGCCGAUCGAAACGCAGCUUUGAUCAACUCCUUCAUCGAAAUCACUUCUUCUUCUAAAGAAGAAGCCCUCUUCUUUUUGGAAUCCCACCAGUGGGACCUCGACGCAGCCGUUUCCACUUUCCUCGACAGCAAUUCCACCGUCGCACACCAAUCGCACCCGAUCGCACCGCCCCCCUCCGGCGCCAUUAACAACUCCCUGACUUCCUCGCCCUCUGAUUCCCCUGAUUAUUCUCCCUCACAAUCGCCUUCUAGGUCCCGCUCCCCUUCCCCUGCACGCCCUUCUCGCCCCCCUUACGGGCUUAGGUCGCGCCGCACUGAUAAGAAACCGUCCGGUGGCGGCGGUGGCAACGAUCGUGGAAUUCGGACCCUCGCCGAUCUGAACCGGACCCCUCCCGGUGGGUCCGACAGCGACUCUGAUGAAGGCCAGGACUAUUUCACCGGAGGUGAAAAAAGUGGGAUGGUGGUUCGAGAUCCUUCGAAGCCUCACGACGUGGAUUCGAUUUUUAAUCAAGCGAGACAAGCGGGAGCUGUGGAAGGAUCUGACGAUUACUUCCGUCCGUCGUCUUCGAGCACGAGAAGCUUCAGUGGGACGGCAAGGUUACUCACCGGGGAAACCUUGGCACCUGCUCCUCCGCCACCACCCGAAGUUGUCAAUCACACUAUCACUUUUUGGAGGAAUGGUUUUACAAUUGAUGAUGGGCCUUUGCGUCAACUCGCUGAUCCUGCCAAUGCUUCUUUCAUAGAGAGUGUGAUGCAGUCUCAAUGUCCAAAAGAGCUUCAACCAGCUGAUCCGAGAACAAAAGUGGAACUUCACCUCCUUAGACGGGAUGAAAACUAUUCUGAACCGAAGAAGCACCAAAGUGCAUUUCAUGGUGUUGGAAGAACUCUUGGAAGUAGCAUCUCAAGCCCUACUCCCUCUGAGCCAACUGCUGCUGCCAGUAGUAUCACCUCUGCAUUGACCCCAUCUGCAGGGCUGGUUGUGGAUUCAUCGUUGCCAACAACCUCUAUUCAGCUAAGGUUAUCGGACGGUACACGCAUGAUCUCACGCUUCAAUUACCAUCAUACAAUCAGAGAUGUCCGUGGGUUCAUCGAUGCAUCAUGGCCUGGUGGAGCUAGAAACUACCAGUUGCAGACAAUGGGUUUCCCUCCUAAACAAUUGACUGAUUUAGACCAAACAGUAGAGCAGGCCGGCAUUGCUAAUUCAGUUGUUAUCCAGAAAUACUAGCCAUGGUUUUAUUUUAUUUUUUCCUCACUCCAUGAGAUAUCAUGCAAAAUAAACAUUUAUCUAUCGGUCAAAACUGAUGGGAUUCACGAAUCUCUGCCGUUGUUUUAUGUUCGAAAUGUUUAGUCAGUAUUCUGCAAUUUAUAGUUAUGGAUUUUCAAAUUCAUCUUUUCAAACCUAGGGUAAAUGUCCAUUGCUAUU